GAAGAGGAGGAACGCGCAGAACCGACUGAGUUACCAUCAAGAUUUUCCACCAGCGCGCCCACGACGCGGCAGGACGGCCGUGAAAACGCAGAAGGUCAGAAAGCUGGUUCUGACCUUUUCCGGGGCAAUGCUUCAGAAGAUGGGGCAUCCAGUUCUCUUCCGGUCAAUGUGCUGACGGCCAUCCGAAAUUUCAGCAACGCAGACCUGUCCAAGACAGAGCAGCAGAGAAGUGCGAGAAGUGAGAAUCGGAGUUUCUUGGACGACAUCAAGGCGCAUCGGUUCCAGCUCAAGGUCCCGGAUGCUGUCCAGGCCGAGCCGAGGACUCGAGCCUCCGGAGACGCUUUCACGCGCGCGCUGUCUGAGCGCUUGAAGAAGGUCUAUGUUGCCACGCAUGGAGAGGAGUCUGAGGAGUCUGAGGAGGAAGCCGAUGCUGAAUGGGAAUAG